CCUGGCCUUCGUGAAAACGCACAGCAAACUGAGCUGGGCAGCACACACAGUCAUCGGGACGCGCUAUACAGCCCUCCGCGUGCUUGACAGGUUCAUCAUACGCCAAAAAAAAACACCAACAAAAAUAGCAAAAAAUGGGUGACCAACGGUACGUGACGGAGAUACCGAGCAGCCUGAAACAGCUGGCCCGGUUCGUGGUCCGCGGGUUCUACACGAUCGAGGACGCACUCGUGGUCGAUAUGCUGGUGCGCAAUCCCUGCAUGAAGGAGGACGACAUCUGCGAGUUGCUCAAGUUCGAGCGCAAGAUGCUGCGCGCCCGGAUAGCGAUACUGCGCAAUGACAAAUUUCUCCAGGUGCGGCUCAAGAUGGAAACCGGGCCGGACGGGAAGGCGCAGAAGGUGAACUACUACUUCAUCAACUACAAAACGUUUGUGAACGUGGUCAAGUACAAGCUGGACCAUAUGCGCAAGCGGAUGGAGACGGAGGAGCGGGACGCAACGAGCCGGGCGAGCUUCAAGUGCUCCAACUGCAAAAAGACGUUCACCGAUCUCGAGGCGGACCAGCUGUUCGACUUUGCGACGAGCGAGUUCCGCUGCACGUACUGUGGCAACACGGUGGACGAGGACAGUUCCGCGCUGCCGAAGAAAGACUCAAGACUGCUACUAGCCAAGUUUAACGAGCAGCUGCAGCCGCUGUACGAUCUGCUGCGGCAGGUCGAGGGUAUUAAGCUGGCGCCCGAAAUACUAGAACCAGAACCAGUAGAUAUAGACACCAUACGGGGGAUUGCCAAACCCUCCACCAAAGCACCGACGGAGCAAUGGUCCGGCGAAGCCACCCGGUCCAGCGGGUUUGUCGUGGAGGAGACGCGGGUAGACAUUACGAUCGGGGAUAGCGAUACGAUCGACACGGCGACGCAGCGCAAGGACCGGCCAGUCUGGAUGACCGAAUCGACCGUCAUCUCGAACGACAUGGACGACAACUCGGUCGACGCCAUACUGGAGAAGGCUGCCUUUACCUCAACGCAGCCGCCCUCGGGUGGCGGUUCGGGCGCGGCGGGUACGAACAGCACCACCGCCACGAACGUGAUAUCGAGCCGCAGCCGGAAGGAUGCGGACGACAUUAUGUCGGUGCUGUUGCAGCACGAAAAGCAGAGCGCGAGCAGUGCGGCGAACGAGGCGGUGCGCGGUCUCGGCCAGAGCAACGACGGCGGUAACUCGAGUGAUACGAGCGACGACGACCGGGACAUCGAGAGUGCGGAGAUACCGAGCGUGGAGAUCAUGGACUCGGCGUCCGACGAUGACAUGCCGACGGUAACGGUCGCCGGCAAGCCAUACCCGCUGGAUGAGAUCAAUGACACGCUGAUAGCGGACAUGACGCCGCAGGAAAAGGAAACCUACAUCCAGGUGUACCAGGACCAUUUCAGUCACAUUUACGAUUAAAAAAACUAAUUAGAAUCAUCAGAGAAAUAAAUGUUAAAUUUGGAGCUGAGCGUGAGAUGGACUAUCUCGCGCUACAAAU